AUGGACCGGUCGCAGCCCUCGUCGUCCAAUCUGAUGGACAUCCACAACCGCCUGGUGGCCGAGAUCCUCACGCGGUACAGGACCCUCAUGAUGCUGGCGACCGUCCAGGCCGAAGGCGAGCGCGCCAACGCCAACCCGGAGACCAUGGCCGUGACGGGCAUUUCCAUCAAGAUGGAGUUUGAUGGAUUGAACUCUUCCAUCAAGGAGCUCCUCACGCUGUCGCGCAAAAUCAAGGAGCUCUGGAUAUUCGGGCCGCUCGGACAGGGGGACCCGGGUCGGAAAGCGAAAGAGGCUCAGGUGGAGCAGCACGUCCAGGCCGUGGCGGGCCUGUUGAGCGAGCUUGAGGGCGGGAAGAUGAGGGCGCUGGCGGAGCGCUCUGGCGGCACGUGGCAGGUUCUGAGGAAGGAGAGCGAUGGGCCCGUGAAGAGGUAG